UGAGGAUUAUACAAUUUGAAUCGGUAUCGAUUCAUUCCGGCAAAUAACUGUCAACAUGAAAAACGUGUACAUCUUUGUUUUGACAGUACUUUUUUCUCAAGUUGUGUCUGAUUCGGACCAUGGGGAUGCAGUUAUCAGUUACACAUCAGAGAACUUUGAUGACGCUUUAGACAAAGCUAAACAUUUCGUUAUGUUUUAUGCUCCAUGGUGUGGACAUUGUAAGAGAUUGUCCCCUACAUGGAACGAGUUAGCUAAGUUAUACAACCCCAUGAUAGAUCAACCACUUAUUAUUGCUAAGGUGGAUUGUACAGUAGAAACUGCUCUUUGUGCCAAACAUGAAAUCACAGGAUACCCCACUCUGAAGUUCUUCCCUGACAGAUAUUCUGAAGUUGUACGCUACAAGUCAGCAAGAGAUCUGCAGUCCCUUCAGACUUUCAUUGAGGAACAGCUGUCAAAUGCUCCAGAACAGACAGAGGAGAAGAAUCAGCCGUCGUCAGGACUGUUUGAUCUGACCGACGACUCCUUCCCUAAACACAUAGAGAGAGGGAGCCACUUCAUCAAGUUCUACGCUCCGUGGUGCGGUCACUGUAAGCGACUGGCCCCCACCUGGGAGGAACUGGCCAUGCAUUACCUGGGGCAGGAAGAGGUGUCUGUGGCUAAGGUGGACUGUACUGUACAUAGGGCUACGUGUGAUUCCUAUGGAGUCCGGAGUUAUCCCACCCUGUAUUUCUUUAGGAAUGGAGAAAAGGUGGAUGAGUACCAGGGAGGUAGGAGCCUGGAAGAUCUACUGAACUAUAUGGAGAUCCAGCUCUCUGCGAAGAAUGAAAAUGCUGAUCGCACUGACGAGAAAAUUCCCGACGCCAUACCAGAAGAAAAGGAACAGGAACAGGAGGAAAACCUGGAAGCUGUCUUUGAGUUGGAAGCUGACAGUUUUACAGGGGGAAUCAGUGAGGGACUUGUCUUUGUCAAGUUUUAUGCACCAUGGUGUGGUCACUGUCAGAGACUGGCCCCCACAUGGAAGGAGCUGUCCAAGGAGAUGGCCCGCUACCCUGUGGUCACCAUCGCUAAGGUGGACUGCACCGUCAGUACGAACAUCUGUAAGGAGAAUGGGGUCAGAGGAUACCCGACACUGAUUCUCUUCAAGGAUGGACAGAAAGUAGCAGAAUACACAGGAAGUCGUGACCUUGGUGACCUUGUGGAGUUCAUGCUUGAGCACAUCCAACAGGAAGUCCAUGAUGAGCUGUAACCAUAGCAAUCUGAUCAAAUUAUUAAUGAUUUAGACUGUGAAUGAAACCUGCUGAAAUUUUCUUUUCUCUUUGAUAGGAAGACAGAUAUAUUAGUCCCACUUUUUAUCAAUUUUUGUUUUAUGUUUUUCCGUCCAGUUUAUAUCAGGGUGGGUAAAUACUGGUGGAAUUCCCUCAUUCAUACAUGGAAAUUAAUCAGUCAGUUUGUAUUCUGAAGAUCAGAGAUAUUUUCUUAGAUUGAUCUGGUCAAAUAUUUUUAAGUAAAAAAGAUAAAUUCAUUUGUCUUUUUAUGACUUUCAAGUAUCGUAUGCACUUUGUAGAUAUGUAAAUUUUUAAGGAAAAAGUUUUUUUGAUGAGUAAAAUGCAGUCGUUGUCCUGUAAAUUUAGUCCUUGUGACCAUUAGGACUGCAAUGACAAUGUUUUUCUGAUUGAAUUUAGCUGCCUCUUUGAACAUUUUACAUUUGUCAGAUGUAUUUAAAAUUGUGUUCUUUAGUGAGUGAAAGAUAUUACUACAUGUAGUUCUUUGGUAAUUGCUGAUUGUGAUGGAAGAGUGCUUUUAUGAUCUUUGAAUAUUCUUGUAAGCAUUUUAUGCAUGCUGAGUCCUCCAUUGUACUAAGAGCCUUUUCUAGAGAGGGUUGGGGUAAAGUGAACAGCUGAGAAUCAGAUUCAUCAUUAUAGUACAGUAUCACCAAAUAACGCUUUAUGUCACACAUGUAAAAGAAUCUGUCCCUUUGAAUAGUGCAGAAGAUGUUGUGUCCGAGUACCUACCCGUUCAUAGUAUAGAGACGGAAAUUAAGUAUAUAAUUAUACACAGAUUAUAUUUCUUAUGAAUUUGAUCUAUUUUGAUUACCUUGGUAGAUUGUGUAUAUUUAGCUCCAAUUGCAUACAUGUACAUGUAUUUGUGUUCGGUAAAAAAGGUUGUGUGUCAUGCUGCUUGGGAUUUUUGUCAUCAUACCAUGUAAUGUACCAGCAUUUAGUGUACUGGGUAUAUCACAAGUAUUUAUGUAAUGAAGUUAUAAACAUCUACUUAUAUGAGACAUAUGAUAUUCAAUUUGAUCAAAUUCAGUACAUACACAACCAAGAGUUAUAAAAUGUUACUUAUGGAAAAUACACAUGUAUACAAAUAUCAACUGUGAAUGGUUCAUGAGCCAUUGAAAUGGAUCAACAGAGUAACUAAUGUAAAAGGAUUUGUGUAUAUGUUUAGGCACAACAAAGAUCUGUUUUUCUUACCUCAUUUAUAGCCUUUUGUUCAUUAAAUUUAAAUGUAUUCACAUUUAACUUUAUAAAACUUAUUUUGAACACCGUUAUCAAUCAAAAAUUGUUUUUGUCUAUACCUUCAUUCAACACCUUGUGAAUAUAUAUUCGAACAGUCACCUAACAAUCAUUUGUAAAAUAGAGGAUACGCGUUUUUACCGUUGAUGUGUGCGAAAUGUGUGUCACAGAAGUCCUUUUCAAAGUAUGUAUUUUAUGUCAUGUCAUAUUUCUUUUCAUGUAUACGUGAAAGGUAUUUCUUUUUCUCCUUUAUUAUUGAUCAAAUUUUGACACAGAACAUCCUGUACUGUAUAGUUGGUGUGUGGCGUGAUUGAUUUCAUAAAAUAUAUCACUAGUUUGCCUCAAAUUUUAUAUUUAUUUUAAAUCAUUAUGGUGUAAGCUUUUCAACAAUUGUUUGUGCAGAUUUUUUUUUUCAUUUGCCUGUAAAGCAUGUACUGUACAGAAGUCAUACUGCGCAUUGUUUAUUCCACUUUGUAUUUAUCAAAAGUGACUUAUAAAUUAAUAUUAGUGUUGUCAAAUCGGACAUAAAUUUAUAUACUAAAGAGGGAUUAAUUCUUAGAACAUGGUCAAUAGCAUAUGAAUAUUCUAUCGUUGUUAAAAAUUGCAUCCAUAUGUUUAAUGCAAACUGAUUUGAAAUCAAUUGAUAAAUAUGUUUAUUGGAAAUUAACUUCAUGAAAUAAUUGCAUUUUGACUUUAGAAUUAUGUUGUGUGGAACUUCAAGUGAUGUAUAAUCAAUAAAAAGAGUAGAUAUUUAA